AUGUUGGGUUCUGCCAAAGCCGCUUCCAACUUUUCUGUUUGGGCCCGGAGAGCAAUUGGCGUGAGUACACAGUGUCCCCAAUCCCGACCUGCCUCAGAUGCAUGGAGGUGGAGGAAGGAGUUUGAAACAACUGUGGAAUUCCGGUCUGGGCUACACUCAGACAUGGGAGCUUCACUCUCCAAUAUACCAGGUACGCCACUUACCUGCAUAUUGAAAAAUUCGGAUAAAUUUGACCCUCAGAAGCUCAAGAAAAUCAUUUUCUUCUGCCGCCAGGCCCGGCCUCAAUACAAACUCCCUGAGGGAGAAACCUGGCCACCAGAGGGAAGUAUCAAUUUUAAUACAAUUUUACAGCUUGAUAAAUUUUGCAAAAAGGAAGGGAAAUGGUGUGAGGUGCCGUAUGUUCAGGUUUUCUUUGCCCUAAGGGAAAAUCCUAAAUUAUUCCAACAAUGUAAAGUAGACUUAGCCAUGAUAUCUGCCAUGAAGAGAGAAAAUCUUGGGGACUCACCUACUGAGGAGAAAGAAUCAGGAGAACCCACAAAAUCUCCAUUUGCUGUUAGUGCGCAACAACAGCCUUCCUGUCCCCCAUAUCCUGGCAUCCCUGCAUCUGCCCCAACAGACAAACCAAAUAUAUUACCUCUCCAGGAGAUGCCAAGAGGAGAAUUUGGGCCAAUCAAAGUACAUAUUCCCUUCUCCCUUCAAGACCUAAGGCAGAUAAAAACUGACUUGGGGAGAUUUUUGGAGGACCCAAAUAAAUAUAUUGAGGUAUUUCAAAAGUUAUGCCAGGUAUUUGACCUCACCUGGAAAGAUAUUAUGCUAUUACUCAACCAGACCUUGACUUUCAAUGAGAAGGAAGCAACUCUGAGAGCAGCCGAGGAAUUUGGGAAUGAACUACACUUGCUCCUUCCCCAGCAGAACAGACGGAGCAAACCUAAUUACCCAUCUGGAGGACAGGCAGUUCCCAGAAAUGAUCCUGAGUGGGACCCAAAUGACGAGCAAGAUGCUUGGAAAAUUAGCCAUUUCCAAGUGUUGGUCCUUGAGGUCCUUAGGAAUCAAAAAAAAAAAAAAAAGCCCAUUAACUAUUUUAAGAUUUCAGAAAUUAUUCAGGGCCCCCAGGAAAGCCCUGCUAUUUUCAUGGAGAAACUCAGAGAGGCAACGAGAAAACACACCACCGUGGAUCCUGAAUCCACAGAGGGCCAAUUACUUUUAAAGGACAAAUUUAUCACUCAGUCAGCCCCAGACAUCUGGAGGAAGUUACAAAAAUUGGCAUAUGGCCCUGAUCAAUCUUUAGAUAACAUCGUGCGACUUGCUACUUUGGUUUUCUAUAAUAGAGAUAUAGAGGAAAAGAAGGAGAAAGAGCUCAGAGACAGAAAAAGAACUGAAGCGCUGGUAUUCGCUCUUAGAGCAGUAAGCUCCCAGGGUGAAGGAGGAAGACAAAAUGCUCCUCAAUCCACAAAAGGGACUUGUUUCCAUUGUGGAGAGGGAGGACCUUUCAAACGGGAUUUCCCAAAAGCCAAGUGUCCACCUCAAAGGCCCUGCCCUAAAUGUCAAGGCAAUCAUUGGAAGAGUGACUGUCCUCAGGGGCGUAGGUCCUUGAAGCCAGACUCCUCCACACAGGCCUGCUGGGGCCCGGGCUCGAUUCUGGCUCCUGUGACUCCUAUCCUGCAUGUGAGCCCUGGGUAUGAUUCUCCGUAGGGAGCCGAAAGGUCAACUUCCUUUUAGAUACUGGCGCCAGUUAUUCUUUGCUCACCUCUUAUCCCGGACCCCUUUCCUCUAAUACUGUAACCAUACAAGGGGUGUCUGGACGGCCUAUUACCAGAAGGCUUACUCCCCCACUGAGUUGUGAGUGGGACGGGGUGAUGUUUUCUCUUGCAUUUCUGAAUGUCCUACCCUUUUAUUGGGAAAGGACUUACUUUCAAAACUUCAGACAUCCAUUACAAUGAAUUUAGGACUUAGAAGACCAUUAUGUUUGCCUUUAUUAGAAUGUGAUAUAAACCCUGAAGUGUGGGCUACUGAAGGCAAAAUUGGAAGGGCAAAAUGUGCAGUUCCAAUCAAAAUAGUCUUAAAGGACCCUCUGUCUUUCCACAUCAGAGACAAUAUCCCCUAUGCCCAGAGGCAAAAAAGGGCUUAUUAAAGAUCAUUCAGAACCUCAAGAGACAGAAACUUUUAGUGCCCUGCAAUAGCCCAUGUAACACACCCAUUUUAGGAAUUCAAAAACCCAAUGGGGAAUGGCGACUAGUUCAGGACCUGAGAACAAUUAAUGAAGAAGUUGUUCCUCUCCACCCUAUGGUUCCUAAUCCAUAUACUCUGUUAUCUGAGAGUCCAGCAGCUGCUGCUUGGUUUACUGUGUUAGAUUUAAAAGAUGCCUUUUUUUGUAUACCCUUAGACUCCCAAUCACAAUAUCUGUUUGCCUUUGAAGAGCCAGAUAGUGGAUCUUAACUAAUUUGGACUGUUUUACCCCAAGGUUUUAGAGACAGCCCUCAUUUGUUUGGCCAAACCCUAGCUAAGGAUUUAAUAGAGUUCAGAGAUAAGACAUCCCUGACUAUCCUACAAUAUGUAGAUGAUAUACUUUUGUGUGCCUCUACUGAAAGGGAAUGUCAAAAGGCUACCAAAGAGCUUUUAAACUUCUUAGCUAAUAAGGGUUAUAAAGUCUCAAAGAAAUAAGCUCAAUUAUGCCAAGAACAAGUUCAAUAUUUAGGAUUAUAGCUUGUGAGUUCCUUGAGACCAAGGAACUCACAAGCUAGGACCAGAAAGAUUAACCCCCAUAGGACAAUAUCCUCUACCUCAAACCAUAAGACAACUUAGAGGCUUCCUAGGGAUAACUGGAUACUGUAGGCUUUGGAUCCCUGGAUAUGGUGAAAUAGCUAAACCUCUCUAUAGCCUCCUCAAAGAGACACUACGCUAAGGAACCACUUCCCUCAUAUAGGAACAGGAACAGAUUAAAGCCUUUAAGGCAUUAAAAGAGGCCUUACUCCAAGCCCCUGCCCUCAGCUUACCCACUGAACAUAAAUUCAACCUAUUUGUUACUGAAAGAAGAGGAAUAGCCCUAGGAGUGGUCACACAAAAGAAAGGACCAGUUCAACAGCCAGUAGCUUAUCUCAGUAAGGAGCAUAAUCUUGUGUCUGGAGGAUGGCCUCAUUGUUUGAGGGUAGUAGCAGCUGUGGCCUUGCUAGUCCCUGAGGCAAUUAAAAUCACCCUGGGAAGAGACCUUAUAGUCUACACCUCCUAUGAUCUCUCAGGAAUUUUAAAUACAAAAGGUGAUCUAUGGCUCUCAGACAAUCGCCUUCUAAAAUAUCAAACCCUACUUUUAGAAGGACUUGUAACUCAAAUAAGGACUUGUUCUAAUUUAAACUCAGCUACCUUCCUCCCAGAGAAAUUAGAGGGAAAUCCUGAACAUGACUGCCAAUAAGUCCUAGAUAUAAAUUAUUCAGCUCGGAUGGACCUUCAAAACCUUUCCCUAUCCAAUCCAGACCUCACCAUGUUCACAGAUGGGAGUUCCUUUAUGGAACAAGGAGAACGCAAAGCUGGAUAUGCUGUGGUGACAUUGCAUGACACCAUAGAGGCACAAUAUUUGCCCCCAGGCACAAGCUCACAACGAGCUGAAUUGAUAGCCCUAACAAGAGCAUUGGAAAUAGGGAAACAACAGAGAAUUAAUAUUUAUACUGACUCUAAAUACGCCUACCUAAGCCUGCAUGCACAUGCAGCAAUUUGGAAGGAAAGAGGAUUUCAAAUGACUGGGGAACAUUUAUAAAGAACUAUGAGCAAAUCUUAAGACUGCUAGAGGCUGUCUAUUUACCCAAAGAGGUAGCAGUAAUUCAUUGCCAGGGACAUCAGAAAGGGAUAGAUGAGAUAGCAGAAGGGAACAGACUAGCAGACCAACAAGCCAAGGAGGCUGCUAAGGGAAAUUCACAGAUAACUACCUUAGCCCCUUUGAUGUGGACAGGCCCUCCCCAGAGAUAAGACCUCAAUACAUACCCAGGAGGAAACUAACAAGGCACUAUCUAAAGGAGGUAUUCUUUUAUUUUCUGGGUGGAUUCAAAUGGAAGAUGACAAACUUUAUUUACCUGCUAAUUCCCAGUGGAAGAUUUUACAUACCUUACAUCAAUCUUUCCUCCUAGGAGAAGAAAAUACUCUCAAAUUAGAGAUAUUUAAAGGAAAAGAUCUUUCAAAGACUAUCCACCAAAUAGUCAAAGCCUGUGACACAUGCCAAAGAAAUAAUCCACUUAAUUCUGCCAAAAAGGCCCCAGGAUUACAAAGAAUGGGACAGUUCCCUGGAGAAGACUGGCAACUUGAUUUUACUUAUAUGCCUAAGAGUAAUGGAUUUCAAUAUUUAUUAGUUAUGAUAGAUACUUUUACUGGAUGGACUGAAGCCUACCCCUCCCAAACUGAACAAGCAGUAGAGGUGGUCAAGGCGUUAUUACAGGAAAUAAUCCCAAUAAUCCCAGGAAAUAAUUUGGGUUGCCUCGAAGUCUGCAGAGUGACAAUGGAGCAGCCUUUUAAGGCAGCAGAUAUUUGAUGCCUAAGGCAGGAUAUCCAAAGCCUUAGGCAUCAAAUAUCAUCUCCAUUGUGCUUGGAGACCUCAAUCCUCACAAAAGGUAGAAAAAACUAAUGAUAUUUUAAAAAGACAUCUAAGGAAACUCACUCAAGGAAACCACUACCCAUGGCCUAAGGUGCUUCCUUUAGCACUGCUCAGAAUCAGGAACACCCCCCAAAAUAUUAGGGCUCAGCUCAUUUGAGCUCUUAUAUGGGAGACCAUUCCUAAGAAAUGAUAUCCUUAAAGACCAAGAAACUGCAGAUCUAGUGACUCAUAUCACAAAGUUGGCCAAAUUUCAGGCUGAAAUUCGCAAAUAUCCUAUAUCUGAGCCAGUUACUUCUCCACCUCUAUAUGAGCCUGGAGAUCUAGUUAUGAUUAAGACCAUACUUUCAAACUCUCCAAACAUAGACUCUAUUUGGAAAAGACUUUUUUCUGUAAUUUUAUCCACCCCUUCUGCAGUAAAGGUGCUGGGACAGGAGAAUUGGAUCCACCACUCUCGGAUUAAGGCCUGCCAUCCCGAGUCGAUACCCAAAGACACUUCUUCUUCCCAAGAAACUGAGGAGCGAUACUCCUGCACUCCAGUAGAGGACCUAAGAUAUCUCUUCUUCAGAGAAAAUGGUGAUAUGUAAACGUUUCCUUCUCUCUUUAUUUGCUACCAUAAACAGAUCAACUGAGGCUAACUCUUUUUUAAUGUGGGCUCAACAAUAUGCUACUAGGUUACAGAAAGAUAAUUGCUGGAUAUGUGGACUAUUACCCCUUUCCAGCACUUCUGGACUACCUUGGUGGGUAUCCCCUUUACUAGGAAAUGACUGGAUAAAUUUACAAUCCUUAAUGUUACAACAAAAGAAAGAAAAACCCUAUUUACAAAAUGCCUCUCAUGCAGAUAUUAAUUUAUGGCCUAUAAAUGAAACUUUAUCACAACCUGGUCAUGGAAAGAUUUUCACUUUAAACCAGACCAACCUUCAGACUUCCACUACUGUUAAAUCCCAUAUAGGCCCAUCUAAUUCUCUCCUUCCACCACCCUCACCAUCAAUAUGUCACAAAUAGAAAGAUGGUUACUAUCAGAUUUGGGAUGGAGAUUUAUGGCUCACUCCCACUAUUGGGCAUUUAAACCAAAAAGCCCCAAUCUGUUGGGAACAACGAAGCCAUACCUAUGACACAUGGUCUAAUGCUACUCGAGAAUUAGGAUGGACCCCAGAGUCACAAUGCCAACAAAUUAUAGUUUUACAAGCCAAUGAUUGAUUUGGAACAAAUUGGCUUUUUAGACCUGAAACUAUUUGGCCAGCACCCAAUGGGACUCAAUGAAUAUGUGGAACUAACCUAUGGCCCUGGCUUCCCCCAGGCUGGACAGGAAGAUGUACUAUUGGGUACCCCUGGAUGCAGGGGAGAUAGACCCCAAAUAUAACACAGCCAGCAAGCCUCCCCAAUCUCAAACACAGAUGGGGACAAUCUGUGUAUCAUUGAUAUGAUCAUCUAGCUUCUCUGUUUAUCCCACAAAUUGGUUUAGAAGAUGUAAUGAGACAUGUGGAAACUUUAAACAAUUAUACUCAAACUGCCUUCCAUGAUGUUAAUACUGAAUAAUCCUUAAUACUGAAAUAACACUUAUGAGGAAGGCCAUCUUACAAAAUCGGAUGGCUUUAGAUGUCCUUACUGCAGCCCAUGGUGGAAUUUGUGCCAUUACUAAAACUGAAUGUUGUGUUUACAUCCCUGACAAUUCUGGCAAUGUGACAAAUAUCCUUAAAGAUUUACAUGCUCAUAUAGAAGCCAUGUCCUCACCAACUUUG